AUGCCUUCCCAAUCACUGGCCAACUUUCCAAUACAUACCCUAUUUCUCACAAAGUUUGAUGUCAGAAGAGGCUAUGACCUCAUAUGGAUCAAAUCCGUGGAUCAAUCUCUCACCCAAAAUGAAUCUUUCAUCACCGAUCUGGAAUACAAGUCCUUCCCCAGUGGCUUACAUUCAGUCUCCAAAGACAGUCUACAGUUCGUGAUGUUUCAACCCAAUAACACCCUACUGUACGGAAUAUCAAUCUUCCGGCAAAAUGGACUAUUUUCUGAACAAAUAUCGCAUGACCGUUCUAAAGUGCUGAUGUACUCGUUGGGAAUCCUUAUUGAUCCAUCAGAAUUGAACGACUCAUAUAUCUCAACAGUUACAAGCAGCAGAUAUCACACUUGGAUCCCACACAUCUAUUCAAGCUGCUGGAACUACUAUGACGUCUUGGAAUCACUUUUCGAUGAAAUUGUUCCAUCUGACGAUUUGAAUGAUGAAAUAGACUCUCUGCUCUUGGAGUCAACGUUUGAAAAAUACCACUAUAAAUCAUCAUCCGAUAAGUUCAAAGAGGCAAUUAAGUCUCUAAACAAGAAACCAUCCAUAAUAACAUUAGAAGAUGAAGAGUCUGUUCCGCCAAAUCCCGAUCAUAUGAUUCUUUCAAUGCAAGACACCGUAGCUACAUUAGGCCCCCUCAUCUUCCCAUUAUGGAAAUUAUCACUGCUUAGAGAGCCUGUUUUAAUCUACGGAGGCUCGUCAGUGGAAAAAAUGAAUAAGAUAUCAUACCACAUGUCAAUACUAUCGAUAAUUCCUUUAGAAUUGCAAAAUGAACUAAUAAAAUCUAUGCAAAGAUUGACGAAUGCUGAUACAGACCACCAUGAUUCAGUCAACCAAUUUCAAAACCUACAAUACUAUCAAUUACUCUACAACAUUUGUCUCAAGGACGUAUCGUCCAUUCCCAGCUUUGUUGCAGUUAGAAAAACUGGUUUCAUAGCCUCCACUAGAGAUGUGAUUCUUCUUGAAAACCCAUUAUUCACUUCCACAGUUAAGUUACCUGACAAUAGUCUUGACAUAGCAAGCAUUUCCACUUCAGCAGACAAUAAUAAUGAAUUCUCUUUCUGCACUCGAAGGGAUAGUCGCAAAUUUGAUAUUCUCCAAAACUUCAUCGCCCUUCAGCAAGGAGAACCAGAGAACAGGAAGGACUAUUCCAAAUGUGUUGAAAAACAGUCGUGGUCAGAGUAUUUAUACAAGAUCUUCAAGUGGUGGGCUAGCGCAGGUGAAGAUAUAGAAUUGCAAGACGUUGAGCUUUUGAAGGAAGACUUGUUGAAGAUUUUCAGGUACACCGAUGAGCCAGAUUCUGUCACCAACUCGUCAGACGUCACCUCACCAUCCAUAUACAUUGUGGAAUACUUUCAACAACAAACUCGUAAAAUAUUCGAAGUGCUGAUCCAGCUAAUCAAUUGCCAUAUACAAGACCACAAAUCCGACCAUUUAAUAAUCGAGUACAAUGACAUUUACGAAAUGGGGUUGGACCCUUAUAGUUCACAAGAUAGUGAAUUCGUCGUUGCGUUGAUUCACAAGAUAUGGUGUAGGAAUGACCCAGAAUUGAUUGACAAACUAAAUGUCAAGAUAGGGUAUUUCUUUACUCUAUGUUAA